GCAGACGUCCUCGGGGGUUUGUUGCGAAGUCGGGACGGCCGUUUGCAGCACUGCGCUCCGCUGUUAUGUUGGCGCCCGCGUUGUCUUCCGUUUGCUGCCGUCGUCGUCGACUGUUUUAUGGAUGACGUGUUCCGCAGGCUGCCGCUGCUGCUCCUCGUUGUCCUGUUGCUGCUCCUCGUGGUUCUCUUCCGCGUGUGCAUCCUUGGGAACGUGCCGCCGCGUCGACGCAAAACAAGGUCUUCGAUGAAGGACGCCAGGAUGGAGGCACGGCAGGCGAUCCCCUGGUCCGGUGGGGAGCAGGUCGGAGGGAGGCGGUGCGGCGGGAGCUUGUCGACCGUUGGCAGGGCCUCCCAGCGGAUUGGGUGUGAUGCAUUGCCACCGCACUUGCAACCACUCCCCGGCUCAUCGGACGAGGAGGAGGAGGUGGAGAGACGGCCACAAACCGUGUCGUUGGGCAGCGGAUCAACGCAGGAGUGGUCAGCCACGGAGCUGUGSGGGAYGGGCGGCSGCGUGUACGAGCAGUCGUUCACUGAACUCCUUCGGCCUGGCCUUGGSGAAGACGAAGGAGAUGGCCGCGUCAACCUGUCRUUCGGUUUGUCCACCGGGCGGUCUACAACUCCAUCGCGCACAGUGCUCGUGCGACCCCACCCYRGCGACGAAGGCGGGSAAUUGACAGCUGUUGAUCGAUCAGCGAGGACGAGGGCGUUGGCGAGUGAGACGGCGGGAGCGAACCGGAACUCGUCGACGGCCCAACCACGGGCGGCCUCUCUGUCAAAGGGCACCCAGGGUCGGCCGGAGUGGAUGCAGUUGCCAUCUCCCCUGUCUGCGGCGUCGGAAGUGGCACGAGGCCGUGGCAUCGGAGUCGACGGCGGGACCGACUUCUUGGAUGUUGGUGAUGGUCGCGACGGGAGGGAGGUGUGGAGGGACCUGCGGCGGGAUCACCGGCUGCGGCGAGAGGAAUACAUCACACGGGGGGUGGAGCGUCUUCACGUGGGAGACCGGGAGAACGAGAACGAGACGGACGAUCCACCGGUGGAAGCAGACGACGACGACGAUGACGACGAAGACAACGACGUAGAGUGUGGGGAAGGGGGGGGUGGUCACGCGUCGCCAUCGUUGCAUACCGACAUGGCUGGUAAGGGUGGGAAGUCCAAGCCUUCCGGCCGCAAUGCUCGUUCGCGGGCGAAAAAAGGGCAGGGAAAGGGGAGCGGUGGCGAAGGCGACGGUGAUGUGGAGGAGAAGUGCAACUUCUGGUCCGUGGAACACAUUAUAGCCCUCAUAAGGGCUAAACGUGACCAAGAUGCACAUAUGCAGGGGAUGGGGCACGCAUACGCACGAAUGAAACCGCGGGAAUGGAAAUGGCAAGACGUCACCCAAAGGUUGAAGAACGUCGGCGAGAGGGCGAGCAGGGGCUUCAAUUUCACGAUGGAUCGCGCAGUUUAUGACGAGAUAGAGGGGUCGACUGGGAUGAACCACACCAUCCACCCAAGGAACGUGGCAGACACCGGUGCGUCUGGCGGCGUGCGCCCGCCUUCGACGUCUUACGUGGAUCCUGACUCGGUGGCGGACGGGGAAGGUGGUGCAGGGCGAGAAGACGACGAGGAGGGGUCGACGCGAGGCUCUUCGCAGACGACGGGCACCCCCGACAGUUCUGGGAAAAGGAAGAACACGAGGCAGCAGACUUUCGAGGCGCUGCCGGAAUGCAUGGAGAAACACGGGGAGCUGAUGGCGUCGGCGAUGGAGAGUGCGAGCAAGCGGCAAUGCUCUAUCCAGGUCUGGCAGUGCGAGGUGUUGGAAGCGGAGGUGGAAGUGCAAAGGAAGCACUAUGCCGCGUCAGACGAAGUCAGCAAACUCAUGUGCCACGCAUUGCUGGAAAUAGCGAAGGCCAUUCGUGGACGGGCGAAGGCUGCCUUGAAGCAGAUCGUGGAAGGCGCGACCCCCGCGAAGAAGGGACGUCAUCAAGCGAAGAGGCAGAGGAAGGGCGUCCAAGCCGUGGUUGCUGGCAGUGCGCGGGAUGUUGUGGAGGAGGUUGUGGUGGAGGAAGAGAUGACGAACGACGACGACGACUUUGAAGAUGACGACGAUGAACUACUGCCGAGGAAGGCGAGGGUCGGUUCCAGGGGGGGGAUUAGAAUAAACGAGGGGAGGGAAGGGAGACCGACCGCACGGCGCGGCGGUGGCGUUGCCGCGGCCAACCAACCAGUCUUCGUCGACGUGGCACGCGACGUGGCGCGCGACGUCGCAAGGAGGGACGUCGUUGGCCGUGCGAAGGAAGGGGCCGCAUCGCAUGAGGCUGCGCAACGCGUGCUUGAGCCGGUGAAUCACCCCCGAACCCCGGCUGCAGACGUGGCGGGGGGUUCCCAAGCAGCGGUUGAAGGUGGGACGUCGCGAUCUCCCGCGGUGGCGGCGCGCGGCGGCGCUGUGGCGGUCCCGGGAGAGGCGGUUGAAGUCCCGAAGGGAGGAGAUGGCGCGGCGGGCGGAGAAGACGACGAGGCUCUGGUGCACAGACUGCGCGGGCAACGAGCGGCGACACAUGCGAUGGAUGCCGCCCCUCCGGCUAUUCAACGGAGCAUCUCCCUUCCACACAACUCCAUCCCCCAACACAAAAUCGAGGACGAGUCGGAGCUCAACGCGGCGAAAGAGAGGGCGUUGAAAGUGCAGACAAUCUCCCUCAGGGAAAUCCACGGUUGGGUCUUCAAGUCGGAGAGCAGGCAAAGGGGGUUUCACAUGGCAUACCAAUACGCGUUGAAUCACGCUGCCACGGACAUCGCUAGAGCAAUGUGGUCAGCAGAGGACUGGCGCAGUUUGGUGAGCCCAAUGUUGUUCCGCACCACAUUGAACGCAGACAUGAAGUUUCCUUUGUGGUUCGUGGGCGUGAACAUAGUGGACAGGCAUGAGGACGAUGAGUGCGCGGCUUACCAGGAAGCUUGUGUCCAGCAUCUUGUGCGGGAUUUCACAAGCGUUGUUGGCACGGCAGAAGCUAUGGACGACGGUCGAGUGUCGUACGAGCGUAUGAAGGGGAUGGCAGAGGCGAUGAGAUAUUUGCUCGCCGCCACGAUGUGGAUUAUGCAAAUGGCGGGGAACGAUUCGAGAUCACAUUACGACGCUUGGGUUUUUGUUCAAAUGACGGCAAAGACGACGCUGCUGGCGUCCAUGAACCGUCAGAUUGACGCCCGCGGACACAUCACGCAAUCCGCGCAGGUCAUGACGGACAAGUUGGGAAGACCGCCUCCAACCUUCGCCCCCCCACUUGUGUACAUCCCCGAUUGGGCGUCUAAGUGCGGGGUCACUUUCUCGCAGGACACCACGUUGGCCUCCCCGAUGGAGGCGAAACAGUUGGAUUGGCUGGGGACAGGUCCCCCCGAGGACGCCGCCGACGCCGCCGAAGGCGAUGACAAAGGCGAGGGGGGGUGACGCGUAGACGACGUUGAUGGCGAGGGCGAGGAG